CUGGCACCCAACCAUGCCGUCGUUCAUGGCAAUUUGGCUUGCGUCUAUUAUGAACAAAAUCUGAUUGACUUGGCCAUCGAAACCUACAAGCGAGCCAUCGAGUUACAGCCAAAUUUCCCUGACGCAUACUGCAAUUUGGCCAAUGCACUGAAAGAAAAAGGCAAAGUGAGCGAAGCCGAAGAGUACUAUAAUACCGCUCUGCGCUUGUGCCCUACUCAUGCGGAUUCCCUGAACAACUUAGCAAACAUAAAGCGGGAACAGGGGCGAGCGGAAGAAGCUAUCAGGCUCUAUGUACGCGCCCUUGAAAUCUAUCCCGAGUUUGCCGUUGCCCAUUCUAACCUUGCGAGUAUGCUACAGCUCCAGGGAAAGUUGCAGGAGGCUUUGCGUCACUACCGGGAAGCCAUCCGAAUUUCACCAACUAUAUUGAAGGAUGGUGGGAAUCUCGCUGAGGCAAUUAACUCCUACAAGACCGCAUUAAAACUCAAACCCAACUUCCCAGAUGCGUUUUGCAACCUCGCCCACUGUAUGCAAAUAGUGUGCGACUGGACGGAUUACAAGGAAAGGAUGAAGAAGUUAGUCUCAAUUGUCCAGGAGCAACUAGACUCCAACCGAUUACCCUCUGUACACCCUCAUCAUUCCAUGCUGUACCCGCUCAGUCAUAGUCAGAGGAAAAGAGUAGCCGGGAAGCACGCGUCCUUGUGCUUAGAGAAAGUAGCUCUUCUUCAUCAUCCACCGUUCCGUUUCCCUAAGCGACAACCGGGCCAGAGGCUACGCAUUGGCUACGUUAGUUCAGAUUUCUGCAACCACCCUACAAGUCAUCUAAUGCAGAGCUUGCCUGGCAUGCACGACAGAAAUAAAGUCGAAAUUUUCUGUUACUCCCUUUCGGCCGACGAUGGGACAACCUUCAGAGCUAAGGUCAGCCGGGAGGCCGAACACUUCAUCGACUUAAGUACUGUGCAGUGCCAUGGAAAAGCUGCAGAACGUAUAGCGGCCGAUGGCAUACACAUACUUCUGAACAUGAAUGGUUAUACUAAAGGUGCUCGGAACGAAAUUUUUGCUCUAAAGCCAGCUCCCAUCCAGGCUAUGUGGCUAGGGUAUCCUGGUACUAGCGGGUCCACUUUUAUGGACUUCAUCAUCACAGAUGCCGUUACCUCGCCGCUUGCUUUGGCAGCGCAGUACUCAGAAAAACUCGCGUAUAUGCCGAAGACCUUUUUCAUCGGUGACCAUGCACAGAUGUUCCCUCACUUGCGCAACCGCGUGAUCAUUGAGAGCGCCGAAGAAGUGGCGAGCGGUCGUCGCACCACUGACAACUGCAUGGUUGCG